CAAAAUGGAUUACCAAAUGGCUGGAAGCCCUGGAUUCAUUCCAAUCGGGGACGUUGGAAGAAGCUGUCACGAUGCCAUCAACCAACAUAGUUACAGUCGUUGUAAUAUUCUGCUACUUGCUAUCGCUCGCAGCCAGCCAUGGCCCGCCUAAAGAGCGAGAUCAAGAAGACAUCGCCAUGGGAAAAAAGCAUGGUGCCAAGUGGUGCAGCAUGGCAAAGGUGUGCAACCACGACCGCGUCCCGGUGUGCGGCAUCAGCCACGCCGGCGACAUCAUCGGCUUCCGCGACCUCUGCGACAUGUUCGACUUCAACUGCAUCAGGAAGCGGAACUACAAGCAAACUAGCUGUCCAGCUGACAGAAACUUUCUCACCGCAUCUAGAAAGCCCACCAACAUUUAUUACGAUGAAUAACAGUUUUCCAAUGUAAUAUUUAUAUUUUUAAUGAUUAUACAUAUCUAGUUAAUGUACUUUUGAAAAUUUAUAUUCAUAAUAAAGAUAAAAAAACUAAAGUAGCAACUAUCAAUAAAUCCCUAUACCCUACCCUUCCUACCAUUUAGGUGCCUACUACUUACUAAAUGUUAUUAAUCAAAUAAACAUUCGUUAUAAUUUAAAAAAAUACAAUUAAUUUUAAACUAAAGUAAUAAAAAUAAUAAAACUAAACCCCUACCAUUCUUCUAUUUAGGUGCCUACUUACUAUAUAUUAUUGAUCGAAUAAGUAUUCAUCAUAAUUUAAAAUAAUAAACAUAUAUUUGAUCGCACUUAUAUAUCGUGAUGCCGUGAUGACAGAAGAUAAAGACGCGACCAUUUAUUGCACGAAAAUACAACAUAAGUGGCCACCAUAAGAUGGAAUUCGCUAACAGUCAAUCAGAGGCCUCAAUGGUCCAAAAAGUUAUUAGUGUACUUACCUAAAUAUAUAUCACACUAGUUUUCACUUCGUCUGCGUGAAACGAUGAUGAUUGAUGAAAACUAUCCUAUGUUAGGACAUAGGCCUAUGAUAGGUGGUAGGCCUCCGACCACAAACUAUCUGCAUAGAUAACAGACAAACAGGCACAGUUAUUCUCGCAUUGUAAUAUUAUUAUAUAUAUUACAAUGCAAAAUGAUCUGCAAAAUUACAUCGACACAUUGUAAAUUCAUAAAGUGGCCAUGGAAUCUUGACGCGGUACAUAAUCUUAGAUAUUAAUUUACUUCCCUAUAUACUGAUGGAUACCUCAGGAAAAAAUAACAACAUUAAAUAAACAUUUAAAUUACUUAUACUAUAUCAUUUUAUUUUUUGUAAGUAUUUCUUAACCCGUAUUUUCUCAACUGCAUAAACUAAGCAGGCUUAUAAAGUUUAACAAGUAAUAUCUGAAUUAUAACACCUACACCUUAAUGUCCUUAAUGUAACCAUGGUUCUGCAAUAAACGAAAUAAGAAAUAAAUUAAUAUUCUGAGGCCGAAAAUGGAGAUCACUAUUUCAUAUUUUGCGUAAGUACCUGUAUACGUGGACUGAAAGCUAUAACUCUUUAUUGAAUUAGAGAUCCACUUCGACUAAAAGUUUCCCAAACGAUUGCACGUCAUGAUUAAAUUAAAAUUAAUAUUUUCAAACAAUGUCGUUCUCGCGCGUCAUCAUAAUGUCAACAAACAAUUCUUUACCUCAAUAUUGUUUUUCAUCGCCAUUAAGUUAAUAAACUGUGGCAGAUUGUUUAACCCGUGACAACGAAGCAAUUUCCAUGUCAAAAUUAUCAACUUCCUUCAGAACAAUUGACGGAGAUUGAAACACGUCUAUCAGCAAAGGCUAACUUUUCCAUUGUAGGUACAUACUUAUUGAUAUUUAGAAAAGUCUUUAUCAUUAUAAUCAAUUUUCACGGCUAUCAACUUUAGACCUUGAGGUAUGGUGCUCAGAUAUAAAAUUUAUCUGGUAGAGGAGCAAGAAAUAAGGUAAGCCUGGCUUUGUCAAUAUUGCUGGUACAUGUAGAACAAUAUCCGGUAAUUGUAUUUUGUUUCAAGUGUUAUUAGUCCCGCGACGUCAGAGUGUUCUCAACGCAUUUAAUAUCGGUUCAUUGGACCUCAUGUAUCCCAGACAGUCACUCUGGUUUCUUAUUUGCGCAAUAUCCGUUCAGUCUCAUCUUGUGCCACCGGAGGAUACGGUAAGGUUUUUUGAACUGCGCUGGAUGUGGAAACCGUAAAGAGGGACACGAUCAGCUAAAGAAGUGGUGCGAGUACGCAUACUCAUGUUUCCACGACAAGGUAUAUGUGUGCGGGCGCGGCGCAAUGCAGACGCGCACCUUCCUGGACGUCUGCGACAUGUACGAGUACUCCUGCGAGACCAACCAGAUUUUCAUUAAGAUUAAGGAGACAGACAGUGAACCACGGUGUCCGGAUCCAGGGCGGUUGGGCUGAGAUGAAAAAAACGUGUUUUAAUUAUCAUUAUAAAUUAAUUUUUACUACUUCUACGAAUAGACAGCCUACUUUUAUAAGAAGCAAAUAUUUAUUAAAAAUUAAUUAAAACGCUCAAUUUUU